AUGGUCCUAAGCUCCUCAAAAAGGCGACGGCUCAGGAAGGCCAAAAGAGCGACGGAACAGCAACAGCUGAUUACCGGCUCUCAGAGGAUACCUGAGAACCCUGGAACUGCCCCCGCGGUUACCACAACUGCAGGACGCGGGAAAAGGGCACCGAAGCCGACUGGGUCCUCUGCCGCGCUCAAGCCUAUUGGCUCUAGGUGCGGUAAAGGACCUAGAGGGGGGUACCAAACCAAAAACCCAAACCAAACCAAACAACAAACAAAGGGCCAGAAACGCGAUCGGCCAGAGGAAACCGUGACACCGACUGGGGAGAGUAAAAGGGUUAAACCUAACAAACUCCGGCUGGAGUCAGGGACCUCGGCCAGUUACGCGGAAGCGGCAGCAUCCUACAAAGCCAACGAGCUUUGUGUUGCCGUGAUGACUGAGCCCUUUAUAGACAUGACACAAGAACAGGCAGAUAACAUCCGCCUACAAAUCGAGGGUAAAAUCCAAGAUGAGCUCAUGGCGGAUCUUGAAGCUACCCUAGCAACUGAACCCAACGACAUCAGAUUCCGGGGAAGAGCCCACUUCUCAGAUGGUGUCCUCAAAACUUGGUGCGAGGAUACCUACACGCUGGGAUGGCUUACCGGAGCAUGUGAUGUCAUCAAUAAUCCGAUACCGGACACCAAACUGGUGGUACGGCCUCAGUCAGACAUUCCGAAGAAGGUGCCGUGCUUACUGCAUGUUCCAGGGUUCACUGGUAGCACGGAAACUUUACGGAAACUGAUCACCAGGCAAAACCGCCACCUAAACAUCAGAUCUUGGACCCUGACUCACGAACGUAGAACACAGGACCCGACAGGCGUAUCUUUGUUCCUUCGUGUUCCGGAAUAUGAGAUCUCAAAGAUCAAGGCUCACGAACGUCGCAUCUACUAUCUGAUGGGGAACAUCUAUAUCCGAAUUCUGGAAAAGGAUGAACCCUCAGUGGUAGCUGCCGCCACAGUAACUACUGCCAGUACAUCGGGGACGGGAUCCUCGGGGCCAAAGCCGCCCUCGUCAACGACGGAGAUAGCCGCGGUUGCCGAGGAGACAGGGGGGAGUGAAUUCAGCGACAGCUGUUUGCGCUCCUCCCCCUAACCGGACUGACCUUAUCCAGACCAACCUCCAGCACAGCCAAACAGCGUCGGCUUCACUACGCAGACUGCUGGAGACCAACCCGAAGACCAUUGCCGCGAUCCAGGAGCCGUGGAUCAGGAAUGGCAAGGUAUGCGGCCUGGGUAACACCGGUGGUAAACUUUUGCUGGAUACCUCAGGACCUUACAACCAUUAGGUUACCUAGGGACGCACAUCCAGACAUCGUCCUGGCGUCCGCCUACCUACCGGGUGACGAGGACGUGCCCACUCCAGAACUCGGCCUUCUGGCUGACUACUGUGAGAGGGAGAAACUGGAGCUUAUAAUCGCAGCAGACUCCAACGCGCACCACACGCUAUGGGGUAAUGCAAAUACCAACGCUCGAGGUGAGAAUAUGCUUAACUUCAUUCUUAGCAAUAAUCUUAUCUUAGCAAACAGCGGCUCUGAACCAACCUUUAUCAACGCACGCUCGCAAACCAUAAUCGAUCUAACAAUGGUGACCUCUGGUCUGUCAGAUCACAUACAGGAUUGGCAUGUCUCCAGAGAGCUAUCAUGCUCAGAUCACAGGUGGAUCCGCUUUACAAUCAAAGGGGAGCUACCUAAACCACAACCACGACGCAUACCUCGGAGAACUGAUUCAGUAAAAUUUUACAAUAUAAUCGACUCAGAGGUAAGCAAACUAACAAUACCAACCACCAUUGAUGUACAAGACAUAGACAAACAUGUAAAUAACCUAACGUCCCUACUCCAGACCAGCUUUGAACGGUCGUGUCCCCUUACCAUGCCUAGGUGGGGGAGUAGACAUAACUGGUGGUGCCCCGAACUGGAGAGACACCGAAAGAAGGUCAGGAAGCUGUUCAAUAGAGCAGGAAAUACCCGUUUACCUGCCGACUGGGACAAGUACACAAUCGCGAGAAGACGAUUCAAAAAACUUUUACGCUCUAGGAAGCAAGAGUGCUGGAGACACUUCUGCACCAGCAUUGAAAGCAACAACCAGGCAACCAGAGUGAAAUCAUGCCUCUCUAGUGAGCCUUAUCACUCAAUUGGUUGUCUUAAAAAACCUGAUAAAUCAUUUACAAAAACCGAUGCAGAAACAUGUGAACUACUGAUGGAAACACACUUUCCAGGCUGCAUAAUUGCCAACGACCAAGCAUGGCAACCCUACUCAGAAAGUGCCACCACCGACUCAGACUGGAAUGUAGCUCACAAAAUAAUCACAAAUGAAAAAGUAACAUGGGCAAUCAACUCCUUCCUACCAUUCAAAGCGGCUGGCCUGGAUGGCAUCUUCCCAGGCCUACUAAGAUGGAGUAGAAACCUUUUGGUGGACUAUCUUGUCUCAAUCUUCCGAGCAUGUAUAGCCCACCGCUACAUACCCUUGAAAUGGAGGGAAGUGAAAAUAAUAUUCAUCCCAAAACCAGGCAGAGAGGACUAUACCCAGGCAAAAUCCUUCAGACCCAUAAGCCUCACAUCUUUCCUGUUAAAAACAAUGGAGAGGCUUGGAGAUCUGGAAAUACGUAGCCAGGUAUCGCUAUCCAAAUUCCUGCACCCAAAUCAGCAUGCCUACAGCCCAGGCAAGUCAACGGAUUCAUCACUCCACAACGUUGUGUCUCGCAUUGGCGACUCCCUGAAGUUAAAACAGUCAACCCUUGGUGCAUUUAUUGACAUCGAAGGCGCUUUUGACAAAACAAACUUCACGAGCAUUACCAGAGCACUCGUUACAUGUGGAGUAUCAUCAACCCUGAUAGAGUGGAUAAACAACAUGCUAAAACAACGAGCUAUACAGUUCACUGUUAAUUCCACGACACGGGGCAUUGUCAGCAGAGGCUGCCCGCAAGGUGGUGUCUUAUCGCCGCUACUGUGGAACCUUGUAGUUAACGAGCUCAUCACAGAACUCAACGCUGGCAACCUCUACACAGUGGGUUAUGCGGACGACAUAGCUAUCUUGAUAUCGGGAAGCUUUGAAAGUACCCUAUGCGAUCUCAUGGGAAGGGCUUUCAAAGUAAUUGAGAGAUGGUGCAUCAAGCACGAGCUAUCUGUCAACCCAUCAAAAACAGAGCUAAUACUCUUUACAAACCGGAGGGUUCUGGGACCACACAGGCUUCCAAAACUCUUCAACACACAACUCAAACUCAAAAAUGAAAUAAAGUACCUGGGUGUGAUUCUGGACAGUAAACUGCUCUGGAACAAACACCUAGAACACAAACUGAGCAAAGCAACGAUCGCCUUCUAUCAAUGCAAA